ACUCUUUGAAUUUGUCAAUGUCAUGAUUUAUAAACUGCGUGCUGAGUUGAUAAAGAAGGACAAAAAAUUAGGAGAAUUUGUUUCUAAACUUGGUUAAACUCGUUUGGCUGUGUAAUUACAAGUAAUGCAAAUAUAGUUUGUUUAAUUAUUCUAUUUUAAACUAUACCAUGUAGUGAACGAUUCACUCUCAAAAAUUUAUAAUAUAGUUUCGAAGUAUAGACGUGAGAUAAGGCAACUUACAAAGGUGUUUAAUUUAAUGAUUACGCCAUAGGAAGUAAUUCAAAGAUCGUGACAAAAAACUUACAAAGUGUAAAUAAGGCACUUCAUCAAAAUGCCUGACAUAAAGAUUACCCCCCUAGGAGCUGGUCAGGAUGUAGGACGCAGUUGUAUUCUUCUCUCAAUGGGCGGUAAAAAUAUUAUGUUAGAUUGUGGUAUGCACAUGGGAUAUAAUGAUGAACGUAGAUUUCCGGAUUUUUCGUACAUUGUUCCUGAAGGUCCGAUUACAAGUCAAAUAGAUUGUGUUAUAAUAUCUCAUUUUCAUUUGGACCAUUGUGGCGCUUUACCUUACAUGUCCGAAAUGGUUGGAUAUACUGGACCGAUUUACAUGACUCAUCCUACAAAAGCUAUCGCUCCAAUACUGCUAGAAGACAUGAGGAAACUUAUCGUAGAGAGGAAGGGAGAGUCAAAUUUUUUUACAUCACAAAUGAUUAAAGAUUGCAUAAAGAAAGUGACUGCUGUAACAUUGCAUCAGUCUGUGAUGGUGGACAAUGAGUUGGAAAUAAAAGCAUACUAUGCUGGCCAUGUCUUAGGUGCUGCUAUGUUUUGGGUGAGAGUUGGCAAUCAAUCUGUUGUAUACACUGGAGAUUAUAACAUGACACCAGACAGACAUCUUGGAGCCGCUUGGAUAGAUAAAUGCAGACCUGACUUAAUGAUAACAGAGUCAACUUAUGCAACAACCAUCCGUGAUUCAAAACGCUGCCGUGAACGAGAUUUCCUUAAAAAGGUACAUGAAUGUGUUGAAAAAGGAGGCAAAGUGUUGAUACCAGUGUUUGCGUUAGGUAGGGCCCAAGAAUUGUGUAUUCUACUUGAAACAUAUUGGGAGAGAAUGAAUUUGAAGUACCCUGUUUACUUUGCCUUGGGUCUAACUGAGAAAGCAAACAAUUACUACAAAAUGUUUAUAACAUGGACCAACCAAAAGAUUAGAAAGACUUUUGUGCAAAGGAAUAUGUUUGAUUUUAAACACAUAAAACCUUUUGAUAAAUCAUACAUAGACAACCCUGGUGCUAUGGUUGUCUUUGCCACCCCUGGAAUGUUACAUGCAGGUUUGUCUUUGAAUAUAUUUAAAAAAUGGGCACCUUAUGAGCAGAACAUGUUGAUAAUGCCCGGCUUUUGUGUACAAGGUACUGUUGGUCACAAAAUUCUUAAUGGUGCAAAAAAAGUCGAAUUUGAGAAUCGUCAAGUUGUUGAUGUUAAAAUGGCAGUAGAGUAUAUGUCAUUUUCAGCACAUGCUGAUGCAAAGGGUAUAAUGCAAUUAAUACAGUACUGUGAGCCUAAAAAUGUGUUGCUUGUACAUGGAGAGGCUCAAAAAAUGGAGUUUUUAAAGGACAAAAUUGAAAAAGAAUUUAAAAUCAAUUGUUACAUGCCAGCUAAUGGUGAGACAAGUAUAAUUAGUACUCCAACAAAGAUACCUAUUGAUGUCUCCUUAAGAUUACUUAAAGCUGAAUCUGUGAGAUAUAACGCACAGCCCCCAGAUCCAAAAAGACGUAGAAUCGUUCAUGGAAUCUUAUGUGUGAAGGAUAACAGACUUUCAUUCCUUGAUAUUGAUGAAGUUUGUAAUGAAAUUGGCAUAAAUAGACAUGUAAUUCGUUUUACAAGUACAGUCCGUUUUGAAGAUAGCGGUCCAGCUGUUAAAACUGCGGAGAAACUUAAAGCUUUACUUGAAGAGAAAUUACAAGGAUGGUCUAUUACAAUAUCUGAUGGUAAUAUAUCAGUAGAAUCUGUUCUCAUCAAGUUUGAAGGUGAUAGUGACAAUACGAAGAACAUAUAUGUGUCAUGGACCAGUCAGGAUGAGGAUUUGGGGAGUUAUAUAUUAGGACUCCUUCAAUCUAUGGUUCAAUGACAAAGACCUCAAACAGAUGUAUACCAGAGGUUAUUAGCACAGUGCUCUAAAGAAACCUAAAGAUGUGCUACUAUAGCCCUGUAUGACAUUCUUAUCAGAUUUUUUAUCUGUCAUAUUCUUGAGAAAUAUGUUCAUAUGGGUAGUUGAAUGCCAGUUACCAAGAAACUAAAUCAUGUUGGUUCCUUUGUUGUUUCAAUGAGAAAGAAUGAGAUGGA